AUUUCCUCCAUCCCAUCCAUCACAUUACACCCGCCGGAUCUCACACAGCAUGGAGGACGAUGGUUCGGCUUCCCACAUUCCCAUUUUCCCCGAAUCACCGACUAUAUCAUGUUGACCGGGUGGGAAUAGACUUGCAGAAGAUUCGCCAGGCGAGGAUGCAGGAGCUUGCCCAGCAGGGCCAAGGCGAGGGCGGAAAUGAUAAGAAGUAUUGUUCUCAUGAGACUCUUCCCUUAGAUGCCACAUGUGCAGAUACGUUCUUACCACGGCUUCAGACAGCAAGAAGGUUUUUAUCUUCCAGAUCUCUUCUAUCCACGGCGUCUCGUUUGCCUACUAAGCUCGUAUCUGGGAACCGAUAGAUGAAGCGCGGAAGUCUAUAAUUUCGCAGAUACUCACUCCGGAAGCCGUCGACCGGCUUGGCCGUAUAGCCAUGGUCAAGGAAUCGAGGGCUCGCGAUCUCGAGAACCGUUUGAUCAUGAUGGCUCGUUCCAACCAAAUUCGUCAGCGUGUCACAGAGGAGGACUUGAUCGCUCUGAUCAAUGCCAUCGAUGAGAAAAAGACUACCGAACAGAAGGUUGUUUUUUCACGUCGGAAAGGUGUCCUUGACGACGACGACGAUUUCGAUCUGUGAUGGGCAAUGGGUUUUUCUAGUCAUCGUGGAUGGGUGGGGAACGGUGGUCUGCUUGGUUUCUUGAAAGCCCUACUAUUUCUACGAAAACAUCACCUUUAUAAUGGGCCGAGCGGGCUGUAAUUCCCUAAGGCGAUAGUUUCCUGGGCGGCUGUGUGAUGGGGAAACGUGGAGGUGGUAGUAAUAAUACAAGCAGUGCUCUAG